UAUAAGCAAACAAAUUAAGUGACAAAAAUACCAAAAUAAAUAAAUAAAUAAAAUGAGCUUUAGUCAAUUAUUUCCCAAAUAUAAUUCUAGUUUUAAUCCAUUACGUGGGAGCGCCAUACAAUGUUCAGUGAUACAAUUACAACAAAACAAGGUCUUGGUGGAACAAGACUGAAAACUCCAAUACUUUGUUUCCAACAUGAACCGAAAAGAGUGUCAAUCACCAAGCAAGCAAGGUUUCAUUUUGGAAUCGAAGAUGUAGAAGUGUUUGGUGAACCAAAGAUGCUUUUGCCAAAACCAUUAGAAAUAAAAUGUAAAAGAAAACUAAUCCUCUUUUGUGUGUUGUACAUUUAG